UUUAUUAACUUGUUUCUUAAAUUUUGCUUGACACAGUAACGUAACCGGUGAAUUUUCUUUAUCCACAGUGGUCACUCGAACGAACGACUCUUUCUGCGAGACUUCGUAUCAUGCUCAGCCGGCACCAGCGGCGGCCGUUUGGCAAGAUGGUUACAGCCAGACAGUUUCGUGGAUCCCUCGAAAUGCGAGGCACUUUACUCAAAGGACGAAAUGAAGUGCGGAUGCCCGGCCAUCGUUACCAUACUCACCAGAGACCAGUACGGAGAUGUUGUUUUUGUACCCAAUUUGAAGGUGGAAGUGAAGGCAGUACCCAUAGACAAGAAAGACUUGGGAGAUGCCGACCGUGUUUCCCAACUUGAUCCAAUGACCUUUGGUGGCCACCCACAACCACCCUUGGACGUUCCUUACGAAGUCACCAUCAACAACAAGACCUGUUUCUACGCGAUCACCGUCAUGAAAGCUUAUCAGAACUACUCGUUCGAGGAAUUGAGGUUCAUGUCACCGGCUCUGAAAAGAUCAAGCGAGAGCAUGCUGGUCAGACCGAACGGCGAUGGGAGUUACAGCGCGACGUGGACGCCGUCGUCAAUCGGAUGGUACUCUCUCAUGGUCACGGUCGAUGGAUACAAUAUGGAAGAUAAAUAUAAAGUAGAAGUAAAAGAAUCGCCGCAGGGUAUGCAACCGCCUACUCAAAACAUCGUGAAGAAGCCGCAGCAUCAGCCGAGCAGAUUGAGAAAAUUCGUGGCUAAGAACAGCGCCGGCUUGAGGAUCAGAGCGCAUCCGUCUCUACAAAGCGAGCAAAUUGGCGUCGUUUUGGUUAAUGACACCAUAGCAUUCAUAGACGAAAUUCACAACGACGACGGCGUUUGGCUGCGAUUGAACGCGGAGACGAUAAAGGAAUAUUGCAGCAGCAGUCAUCUGGAGGCCUGGUGUCUCCAGUAUAACCAACAUUUAGGGAAAACUUUACUCCUACCCGUCGAAGAGCCCAAGUCGAUUUUAGAUCAAGUGAUCAAAGAAACCAUUCUGCGCAAACGACCGGAAACUGUUGACGAUAAAAGGAAAACGGUGACGUUCGACGGUGGUCGAAACAUGGUCGUCGUAAAGUGCGGUGCUUCCGGUCACAAUAUUAGAAGUAGGCCGGGUUUAAAUGCUGCACCGGUAGGGAAACUGGCUCUUGGCAACAUGGUCACCAUUCAGGAAUAUUUUGUCAACAACGAAGGCACCUGGGUACGCAUGGACGACGAAUCGAUGGCGAAGUACUGUUUCCGAAAGGGUCGAGCGCCCGAGGGUGAAGCCUGGUCCCUUGCCGUCAGCAAACACGGCAUUACGUACAUGAAGAUCGAGCAGGACCUGGAGACCGACCCGAUGGAGAAAAAACCGGCGACAGCGGACUCGUCCGAAUCACCGAAUCAGAAAGGUUUCGACUUCUCCGUGCCUUCUGUGAGUCAUGAGGGCUUCAAUUUCACCGGGCAAAAUUUAACACCAGGUACAGCAGAAUCUGGAGAGGGUAGUAAUACAAAUCCAUUCGUUUUUGGUUCAUACAAUCAACACGAUUCACCAGGAAGCGAGAGGUUCACACCGGAGAGGGCGGACGUUUCGCCAAAGUUCUCCAAGCCGCAUUCGAAGGAAAGGGUGGUGAAGGAGAGGGAGCGAGAAGGGGGCGGCGGGAAACUGAGCGUGCUGCAAAAGUGGUUGAGAGGCGACGACAAGUGCCACGGGGAGAAAAGAAGCUCGCCUGGCAGUUUUGGCAUUUGCAGGGACUUUUCCGAAUUUGUCGGAGUGUCCGUGAAGGAGCUGGUGAAAGCGAUUGGGGAGAGCCGAGCGAAUGGUAACGGGCCCACGCCACCAGAGACACCGAGGAGGUUAUCGAGAAGCUCGUCGCCAAAGAAUCCCCAAGGUGGGUCACCGCGAUUUCAGAGCCCGUCCUCUAGCCCGGUUCCAAUACCUGCUGGGUCCAGUCGGCAGCCAGUUGGUUCUGGUAAUUGCCUCUUUCCUCCUGCUGCUCAUGCACCAGGUGGGAGAAGUUUAAUAGGAGGGGGAGAUAGUAUCAGCAGCAGCCCUGUGCUGUGUGGCUCCCCCCGAAGUGUCGGUCUCUCCCCGUUAGUUUCUGGCGGAAUGAUAGACAGCGUGACAUCGCAACGACGGGGAUCAACGCAAAGCGACACAAGUGCCUUGGUCAGUAGUCUAACGAGGGAUCCUUCGCAAUCUCCGAGUGCUGUCAGCACAACCGCCAAUACUCGUGACCUCUCUCCGAGCCCGAGUUGUAGCUCUUUGCACAUGAGGUCCGAGGGUAGUAUAGCUAGUCCACCUGAUACUCCGAAACAAGAAGCUGGAGAUUCUCAAGAAAGUCCGAAGAAGGUUUCCCAAGCGCAAACGCAGACGAGUCCGGAGAGCGCGACUACAGCUAUGAAGGGACACUUCAGUAUCGGUUCCACCGGACCAAAAGACGGGGUGAAGUUAACCAGAAGAGAUCACACGAAAGUAGUGAAAACCAGAACGAAACGCACCAUGUCUCCAAGCAACACUCAACAGAGCGCGAGCACGAGCCGAACGUUGAAUCUGAGCAAAGACAAGGUGAAAGAAGCGAUCAGCCCGUCGGUGGCCGAGUGUUUGCGAGCGGUGUUUGCAGCGUUCCUCUGGCACGAAGGGAUUGUGCACGACGCGAUGGCUUGCGCCAGUUUCCUCAAGUUUCACCCUAGUUUACCGAAGCAGGGCGCGCUUGUCGUGACCAGGCAAACAGUGAUACAAUCGACGGACAAACAGAAGCAAGAGCAGAAAGCCAGGCAAAGACACUCGGUCGAGGUGAUCAACGCUGGCAACUACUUGUAUAUACAGCCGAGCACCGUCGAAGCUUUGACACGGUCCGCCGCGAAUGCCAAUGCAAACAGAAAUAGAAAGAAACAGAAAACAGUCAUCAAAGAGGAGGUCCCGGAAAGCGGGAAGCUGGACUCUUUGCCGGAAUUUCAAACGGUCGCGGUGUUGCCGCCGGCUUUGAAGAGUCUUGUGUUCUUGUGGGAGGAACUUAGCACAAAUUGCCUUCAGACGAUACAACAGCGCUCGGUGUUGCCAAGUCCGAUAUCGCAGAUACAAACGAUGAAGUUGGGAAAACGACCGGAGAAACGACCGCGUGAAGAUAAACUGAAGGAACGCGAGAAAAAAAGCAGCAGAAAGAAGAAGGAAUGGAAGCCAGUCGGCAGAGGAAAUGGAUCUGAAGUUCUCGGAGGGAUAGAACGAGAAACGAUUUGCGAACUGUGCGGUUUGAUGUUUCCUCAUCCGGUAACGUAUCAUAUGAAAAUGAUGCAUCCCGGUUGCGGAUGGCACGCAGGAGGGAAAGGCUACAACAGUGGAGGGAACUAUUGCAUCGGUUGGGCGGGCAAUUGCGGCGAUGGCGGAGUUGGUGGAAGUUCGUGGUAUCUUAUCUGUGAUACGUGUCGUGACAAAUAUCUGCGAGCGCGGAAGCUCAAACUCGCGAAAAAGUUCUUGACCGGAAUGACGAAAAAGAAGAAUGGUUCUUCCAAAAUCGUGUCGCCAGUUAGUAGUCCUAACGAAAGCGAGACACAUAUAAUCAUGAAGAACAACGCUAUGUUUCUCUUAGACUUGGCUAGCGCGUCCGGAUUGAACAUUCCGAAGCAACAGAGACGGCCAUCGCAGACGUUGUCGUCUGUAGCAGAAAAUUACAGCCCUCCAGAGGCAGCUGGACCAUUUCCACCGACUGGACCCUUUCAGUGUUUGCAAGCUUUAGGGGUUCAUCAUUCGCAGAGUCACGAUGAAAGAUACUACGAGGAGACUUUAAGACGUCAGAACGGGCAACAGACUGGCUACGAUGGGGGCAACGUCAUGGCUAAUACUACGAAUGGAAGGCCUUUGUCGGAAUGUCCUAGUGAUAAUGACAGCGAAAGUGGGAAAGGCCGUGGAAUAUUCCAUCGAUCUGUAUCGAUGUCUACUGGUGCUCCGUGGGCACGAAAUUCAAACGAUGGUAGAGUUGUCAUUAUGCGAAAACGAAACAACAGUAGCAGCGAAAUGAAUACUGACGCUGGAUCGUCUCUUUUAUGCUAUCCUUCUGCCGCGCUACAGAAGUUAGUACCAUCCAUGAAUCAAUCGGCAAUUGUCUCGACGAGUCAAGACGAAAUUACGAAUAACGAAAGAAUAGAAAUCCUUAUGAGACCUGUGAUGUUGUUUGUUCUGCAACAACAUAAUUUGCAACACCUACAACUUGCAAUGAAACAAGCAUUAAGACGUGCUGCUUGCAGAGUUUACGCGAUGCAAGCAUUAAAUUGGCUUCUAAGAAGUGUAACACAGCCUAUGUGCCUCCAUGAUUUGCUAUGGUGGUUCGUUGCCUCUCUGACACCCACAGUGCCGCCUGAAGUUCCAGAUGCGACUGAUGAAGAUAAUAAAACCGACAAAAAGGAUGACCAUGAAAUGAUCGGUGUAUGCGAGCAUCCCCUAAGCGAUCUUGUGAUAGCAGGUGAAGCUGUUAAUCCAUUACCAACUGUAUUUCAUACUUUAUUGCAAACUAUAGCGGAUUUGAUGCUUUUACCGCCACCUGGUUCCCCUUUGCAACAAGCUGCCAUUCGGUGCUGGGGCAUCAAGUUUACACCUGCGGAUCACAUGUUCCUUCACAGAAGUCACGUUUUCAAUAAUAUUAGCAAAAUACUCUCCAGAUCCGAGGAGGAAGAAGACGUGACAAUGAGCAUGCAUGAAAGCCAUCAAUCGAAUCAUUCUCAACAAGUCAGCAGCUGCGUGGAAGUUUUAAAGGAUUUAACUUCCGGCGUUGAAAUUAAAGCCUCGAGUAGACAAGCUAUGAUAGGUAGCUUAACUGAUAAUUCGACGGAAACUUUUUGGGAAUCUGGCGACGAAGAUCGAAACAAGACCAAGACGAUCACCAUCAUUUGCGUUGCUCAUUCUCUUCCCCGGAUAGUGUACAUUCACAUAGACAAUUGUCGUGACUUAACGCACAAAGUGUCUAGUGUUACAUUUCAGUCGGGUAAUAACGUAGAUGAGAUGAUCAAAUUGAGAACUGUGGAGGUUGAAAGUCGAUUUGCCGGUUGGAUUAACUGUCCGAUUACUGAUCCACGCCACGUUAUUGUUGGUCUUAAAUUGAAAGGUCCAGACAAUUCUUUGCGAGUGCGACAAAUACGGAUGUUAGGUGAAGUCGAAGGUGAAUCUUCGAAAAUCGGCAAACAUUUGAGUGCACAGACGAUUCAGCAAAGAAAUUGCGAAGCAGAGACGUUAAAAGUGUUCCGUUUAAUUACAUCUCAAGUGUUUGGCAAGCUUAUACAAGGUGAACAACAGCAACAGCAAACAGAUACUACGGAAGGAACUAACGAAGACUUGGAGGAUAGUAAUGAUCUUCGCGAGCACAUGGUCGGAAUUUUAUUCAGCAGAAACAAUUUGACACAUUUACAAAAACAAGUUUGUACACAUAUUGUUCAAGCAAUUCAAAAAGAAGCUAUUCGGCUGCGAGAAGAAUGGGAAGCGCUAUUAUGCUCUCCAACUCCUGCUAACAGUUUGUUGAGCGAUAACAGUGAUCUGCCUAAAGCAGCUGAUACGUAUUGCUUUGAAAUGCUAUCCAUGGUGCUUGCCUUAAGUGGUAGUUCGGUAGGACAGUAUUAUCUGUCACAUCAGUACGGAUUAUUGAAAGAUUUGUUGAGUUUGUUACAUACUGGAUCGGCAAGAGUGCAACGUCAAGUAACAGCUUUGCUGAAGAGAAUUUUACCAGAAAUUAAGCCAGAAAUACUAGCUAGUGUCAUCAAUGUCAAACGAUUACCACCGACUGAUUUUAGUAUUAUAUCCGCGGCAAAUAAUGAUUUUUCACAGAGUGCUGAAUUUGACGAACAUUCCCCAGGAAUUCUCGACGUAUUCUUAAGUUGUAUUGCUAAGGCGCUGUCAGUUCAAGUUAAAGUAAAGGGAAGAGAAAACGGUAAAGCUUUGCAGACUGUUUCGUUAGCUACCAGUAUUCAUCCAAAAAGUCAAGUCGGAGCAAGAUGGUGGUUAAGAGGAUGUAUGACUCGAAAAUUAGCAGAAGUGAUUAUUCAACUUUUGAAAGAUAUGGCAUCGGGAAAAUUAUCAGAAGCUUGGGCGUCAGUGACGAAAGCAGCAAUAGCGGAAAAUAUUCUAAAUCUUACCAGAUUGGAUGAAAAGAGCCGUGACCCAACUGAAUGUCUGAAAACUCCAACACUGUGGCUUGCUCUCUCUUCCUUGUGUGUAUUGGAUUCCGAUCAUGUUGAGAGAUUGUCCUCUGGUCAAUGGAGUGGUACUGAGGGACAACCACCACCACCUAGGCCAACAUGCAGUAAUCACGAUGACGGCGAAACAACAGCAAUCAUUCAAUGCAAUGUAUGUGGAAACUUAUGCGCAGAAUGUGAUAGAAUUUUGCAUUUACAUAGAAGAACACGAAUGCACAUAAGACAAGUUUGCAAAGAGGAGGAAGAAGCGAUACGCGUAGAUCUUCACGAAGGUUGUGGCCGCACGAAAUUAUUUUGGAUUUUGGCUCUAGCUGAUAGUAGAACGUUAAAAGCCUUAGUAGAAUUUCGAGACGGAUCUCCUAGGAAACCUGUUGGUGCUACGUCUGGAAUUUGUCGAUUUUGUGGUACUACUGGUAAUACAGGUUUGCUGGCAGUAGGAAACAUAUGUGCAGAUCACGAUUGUCAGGAACACGGUAAAAAUGCGUGCAGCAAAGUACACGUAUGCGGACACAUCUGCGGAGGUGUUCGGAACGAGAGUAGUUGUCUACCCUGUCUACAUAGAUGUCUACCAGGCAGUGAUUUGAAGCAAGAUGCUGACGACAUGUGCAUGAUUUGCUUUACCGAAGCUUUGUCUGCUGCGCCUGCGAUUCAGUUACAAUGUGGUCACGUUUUCCAUUUGCAUUGCUGUAGACAUGUUUUAAUGAAGAGAUGGGUGGGACCUAGAAUAACUUUUGGAUUCUCUCUUUGCCCAAUUUGUAAAGUUCCGAUGGAACAUCCUACUUUAGCUGAUCAAUUGACUAGUAUAAAGGAACUUUAUGAAGAUGUUAGAAGAAAGGCUUUAAUGCGACUAGAAUACGAAGGAUUGCACAAGGCGGAAGCAACAUUUGGAGGAAGAUAUCAGCAAGAUCCUGCUGCAUAUGCAAUGGAACGUUAUGCAUAUUAUGUCUGUUACAAGUGUCAAAAGGCCUAUUAUGGUGGCGAAGCACGAUGCGAUGCGCAAGUAGGCGGAGAAACGUUUGAUCCCACAGAAUUAGUGUGUGGAGGUUGCAGCGACGUGGCAAGGGCUCAGAUGUGUCCGAAGCACGGAGCAGACUUCCUAGAGUAUAAGUGUCGUUAUUGUUGCUCGGUGGCAGUCUUCUUUUGCUUUGGAACUACACACUUCUGUAACCCCUGCCACGACGACUUUCAACGAGUCACCACCAUUCCAAAAGGCGAAUUGCCUUCCUGUCCUGCUGGACCUAAAGCAAAACAGCUUGAAGGGGACGAAUGUCCAUUACACGUAAAACAUCCACCGACGGGAGAAGAAUUCGCGCUUGGCUGUGGCAUUUGUCGCAAUGCGCAUACUUUCUAAAAAUCUACAAAAAUACCAUUACGAUUCGGCACGAUGAAAGUGGUUCUUGAAACUUUGUUGAACCUUAUCGAUGGCAGUAUAUAUUCAUAUGACUAACCGGGUACAUAGUUUGGUAUAAGCAUCCUCAUAAUUAUGAAUACGUGUCUCUAAGUGCUAUGUGUAUAUUGAUUUUUAAGAAUUCUUAUAAUGAUCGCAAAAGUGGAAUUGAUGCAAUAUAGCGAUGCAAGGGAAAUCAAAUAGACAAAACUGAAUCUAGCUACAAUCAUAAGUGAAGAUCCAAUGACGCGCGAAACUAUAAUAUUUGUUAAGUAUUACGUAAGUUGUUUUUAUCGGUGAUUAUAGAAAUUCUUGAAAUGUGUAGACGCGGAAGAAAAAGAGCGUGUGUGCACAUUAAACUUCCAUGCAAAGCUAAUUAAGAGAAGCUUGCACACGUGCAUAAGUCAUACAAAGUGUAGUGAUGUUUUGGUAAAGUAUUCUAGGUAUAAGAUAAUGUUUAAAAUAAUAUAUAAAUAAAAAUAAUAUAAUUCUCUACGCUAAAAAAGAAGUAUUUAAUUAUUAUCGGCAAUGAUCCUAAUAAAUUGUGUACGUAGGUAAUUAUGUAUGUGAAGGAAGUGUGUUAUUUAAAAAUGCGAAUUCAAUUCCGAAGAAUACAUAAAUCAAAUAGGAAGAAAGAAAAAAACAGUCGAGAUCCGAAUGAAUAAUUACGAUCUGUGCUAUAUACGUUAACAUUUGCAUUAUUUAGUAUAGUCGCGAACUUUGCAUUUAUCAUGUUUUACAUUUUUCUUUGUUUUUAUACUUUUCCAAAGGAACGUGCUCUCAUAUCGCAAUUAUUUAUUUAUUGAAACGAAUCAUUGUACUACGUGCUGUUUGCGAAAUGUUUCAGAAUCAUUGUUUAUAUUCAUAUGGAAAUGAAAUGUGUGAACGAUAAUUGCCAAGUGUCGAUUGUUGUUAUUUGUGUUUUGACUUAGUACAGAUUAAAUGAAAGUAAUGAUCGUGACAAAAGA